AUGUCUGCAAACUGGCGCUCAAAGUUGAUGGACAGAGUCCUGCAGGCGCUAUUGAAACUGACUCCUGCAUUCUUCUCCCUUACCAUGGGUACAGGCAUCGUCUCGAUACUAUUGUAUGACUUUCCCUUCAGCGCACACUGGCUCCGAGUGCUUGCCGUCGUGAUAUUCGUGUUCAAUGUUGUCCUCUUCCUCGUUCUGCUAUUCGCCAAUAUCGCGCGAUUCGUCAUAUGGAAGGGGCUGUUUGCUGCUACAUUGACGCAUCCGGUGGCUAGCAUGUUCUGGGGGACUCUUCCUAUGGGUCUAAUAACCCUCGUCAACAUGACUGCUCUUUCAUGUGUACCUGAUGGUGGCAUUGCAUGGGCUAGACUGGCUCUAGGAUUAUGGUGGAUCGACAUUAUUCUCUCGGUGGCCAUCAACCUGGGCAUAGUAUACAUCAUGUUUACCCGCCAGAGACACACUCCAGAAACCAUGGCUGCCAUAUGGCUGCUCCCCAUCGUCUCCUGCGUCGUCGCCGCUGCCUCUGGCGGGGUCGUCUCCAACGCCAUCAUGCCCUACAUGCCCCAACUCGCCCGGUCCACCAUCAUUGUCGCCUACAUCAUCUACGGUAUCGGCGUCCCCCUGGCAAUGUUUGUCAUUACCAUCUUUCUCCAUCGCACUAUCGUAUACGGCUUUCCCGCACCUGCGGCUCUUACGACACUUUACUUGCCUCUGGGUCCCUGCGGCCAGGGCAGUUUCGGCAUGGUGGUCCUGGGAAAGACUGUGCGUAAGCUGGCAUACGAGUAUGAUAUUGGGUUCACCGUCGCACCCUCGGGUGCGCUUUCGAGUGAGAUAGCAUCCGGCGCGAUGAGGAGGGUGGCGGACGCCAUCUAUGCAGGGGGUAUCAUCACGAGUCUAAUCUUGUGGGGUUUGGGAUUCUGCUGGUAUUUGUUUGCGACCACGUCGCUGAUCGACCACUGGUGGCAUGAGGAUAGGUCCUACUUUGGCCGACAAUCGUUCAGCGUUGGCUUUACGGCAUUGACAUUCCCCAUCGGAGUGUGGGCGACUGCUUCGACGGCGCUCGCGAUAGAGCUCGACUCUUGGGCUUUCAAGAUCAUCGGUGCGGUCGUUUCGCUGCAAGUGGUCUUCAACUGGAGCUAUGUCAUGGUGUACACGCUCUACAAAGCGUACGACGGGACGAUCUUUGUCGCCCCUGAACUGGCACGGUUUGCCGACAAGACACCGCCAUUGAGAUGGGAGUCUCGCAGUGAGAGGGACAAAGAGAUUGCAAGGGAUCAGCGGGAUAUUGGGUCGUACCGCGUAUAA